CAAAAAUAAUAAAAUUUAAAAAAAAUGUCUAUUGCGUCUUUUGGUGUUUAAUUUUUUUUUCUUGUGAACUAGUCCCCUCAAAGAGAUUAUCGUAUAUAUAAUGAAUGAAAAUAAGAUUAAUAGUCAAAACUGGCAAAGAGGUACAAAGGUUUAUGAAAAGAACGGUUUUGAUACAAAUAAUACUAGCCUUAAUUAUAAUGAUAAAAGAUGGAAUAAACCGAAUUACUACAAUAAUGAAAAUAUAAAUAAAGGGUAUAGAACUCCAAAUUAUACAAAUAUUCAAUUUAAUAACAAUCCCCGGCCUCAGUAUAAUAAAAAUUAUCAAAAUAUAUAUAAACCUUAUGAUAUUAUCAAUUCUAUGAAUGAUUUAAAUUUGAAUCAACCCUAUCCACAAAAUAAUAAUAUGUGGUAUAGUAAUAAUUAUAAUAAAAAUUAUCAAUAUCCUUUUUAUUAUAAUCAUAAUGGAGCUCCAUCUUUGCCUAAUAAUAAUCUUGAAAAACCUUUAAAUGACUUGGAAAAAAACAUGCUUGAAUAUAAUAAAUAUGUCUUGAAUUGCUAUCAAAAGCAAAAUGAUACUAAUGAUGUAACCUUCAAUAAAACUAAUUUAUAUCCAAAUGUAGCCUACGAUAAUCAACAAAAUAAUUUUAACAAUACUUAUAGUUUUAAUAAACCAAAUUACAUAAAAAAUCAAAGUAUAAAUAACAAUUAUACUAAUUUUCAGAAUUCUGUCAAUAAAUAUAAUGGUAAUUAUAAACAAGCACAUAAUAAUUCUACAAAUAUUGGAAAAGGACAAAAUAUCUUGGGGUAUUUAAAAGAAUCAAGAGAAUUGAAAAGUUUUUCAGAUUGGAUUGAUCAAUAUAAUACAAGUAUCAAGGAUUCUAAUACAGAAAAUAAUUCUACAAUAUCUACCAACAAGGGAAUAAAUUUUGAAAAGUAUAAUAACAUUCCUAUUAAAACAUUUGGUGAUAAUUGUCCAAGUCCUAUUGAAAAUUGGGAAUCUUCAAAUUUGAAUCCAGUUAUACUAGAAAAUAUAUGCAGUUGUUCUUAUGAAGAUUUGACUCCUGUUCAAAAAUAUGCCAUCAGUAUAAUAUUGGAGAGUAGGGAUCUGAUGGCUUGUGCCCAGACAGGUUCCGGGAAAACGGCCGCAUUCUUGAUUCCUAUUAUCAACAAAAUUAUGGAAAUUCCUUUCUACGUUGCCAACAAAGCAAGGAAAUCGUUAUCGGAGCCAGAUCCACCAUUUGUCACACCACACGCUUUGAUUUUAUCCCCUACCCGGGAGUUGGCUUUGCAGAUUCACUCUGAAUGUCUUAAACUUACUCUCAAAACCCGGAUCAAAUGUAAAGUAGUCUAUGGAGGAACAAAACCAUGGGCCCAAAUUAGUAAUUUACGGUCUGGAGGAGGUUGCCAUAUAUUAGUGGCUACCCCAGGAAGACUUAGGGAUAUCCUAGAGAGAAGGGAUACAAGAGAUUUUACUGCCAAUUAUAAUAACAAUAAUUAUGGGGCUAGCGGUUAUGGUGCUAACGGAUAUAACCCAGCCCAAAACGGACAAAUGGGAAUGAACGGAAAUGUGGCAACGACUGGCAGAAGAGUACUUUCACUUGCGCUUUGCGAGUUUUUAGUUCUGGAUGAAGCUGAUAAAAUGUUGGACAUGGGAUUCGAGCCCCAAAUACGAGAUGUUAUAGAGAAUUACGAUCUACCUAUGAUAGGCGCUCGACAAACUAUGCUUUUCUCUGCCACUUUUCCUAAAGAAAUUCAGGCUAUGGCUCAAGAUUUUUUGAAAGAUUAUUUGUUUUUGACUGUUGGCAAAAUCGGAGCUACUACUGAAGAUAUAACACAAAAGUUGCUAUGGGUCGAGGAUAACGAGAAAAAAAGAACUCUCAUGAACUUACUCAAUAUGGAAGAUCUGGAAACUGCUUCUAUCCUUAUUUUCCUGGAGCGCAAAAAAUGUGUAGACUCCCUCGAAAAUUACUUGAGAGCUCAAGGUUAUCAGGCCAUGAGCAUACACGGUGAUCAUUGCCAGGAUAAACGAGAACAAUCGCUCACUGCUUUUAAAACUGGAAGGAUUGCCAUUUUACUUGCUACUUCUGUUGCCUCUAGAGGCUUAGAUAUUCCUAACGUCAAGCUAGUUAUAAAUUACGACAUGCCUAACGAUAUAGACGAAUAUAUACAUAGGAUAGGUAGAACUGGAAGAGUUGGAAAUACUGGAAACUCGACUACAUUUGUCAACGAAAAAAAUAGGAACGUCUUUAAAAAUUUGCAUAAGACUCUUUUGCAAACACAUCAAGAUAUUCCUGAUUUCCUAGAAACCAAUAUUGGUCAAUCUAAUUACGCUAAAAAAUAAUCCCAUUUUAUAAAAAUUGUUUGUGCUUAAUUUUUACAAUUUAUUGUUUAUUUAUUUUUAACAAAAUUCGAAUUAGAGAAAAAAUUUGGGUAUCAUAGUAUUUUAUGUGUCAUUUAUCAAAAAUGUUACACAAUUUAAAAUAUUAUACGAUUAUAAAUAUAACAACGAUUUUUUUAAAACAGUAUUUGAGUUACCUUGUUAAUUAGUACUAUCUCAUGAUAUAGUAAAUAUUUUAAUAUAUUUAUAUUAUGUUCCUAGCAUAGGGCCUAUGAUUAUUAUAAAAAAAUUUAACAAAAUUAUAUAUCUCCUAAAAUAGUAUAUUAUAUAUUUAAUAUACUAUGUUUUAAUUUAAUAUAUUAAAUUUUGUAAUAUUACCCUCGCAAAUACUUAUCAAGCAUCAUCUAGUUAUAAUAUUUUCUUGAGAUUUUAUUAAUUUAGUUAUUUUUAAAUAUAUUCUCCAUCAUUAUAUUAUACUCUUUUCGCGGCCCUUUGUUGUAUAAUAAUAUAUUAUUGAAAUGUAUCAUAGAUUUAAAAUUUAGAAAAUUGAAACAUCAUUUUUUUAGAUUUUUAUACACGCGUUGUUAAUUCUGAAAUCCGUUGUUAUAAUCGUAUUUAUUCAAAUUUUUUAUCUUAUUCGUUUUAGAUAAUAUAUAUAUCAAAUUUUAAUAAUUAAUUACUUAUACAUAUUUUUUUUACAAUCUCAUAUCUAUGGGGGAUAUACAUGGUGUUUGAAAUAUUUUUGAAUCGGAUUCGUCAAAAAAUACAAAUAUUUCAUAUGUAUUUUCUAUAUUUAAAACCAAUCUUUUAUAUAAAAUAUAUUUAUUAAAAAUUGUAUGGUUUUUUGUAUUGAAAAUUUCCUAUAUAAUUUGAAUGACUAUUGAACAAUAUUGUUUGAUUAGAUAAAUAUCUCAAACCCAUAAGUAUUUAGCUAUUGGAUAUGAAUUUUGAGAUUUCAUAUUUUUUUGCUUCUAAUUUCUUAUUAAUUAUAAUAGAUUUAUAUGUUUUUUAUAUUAAAUUUGAGUUAAUUUAGUAUAAUCAAUUUUUUUUGUAUUUUAUAUUAUUUGGAACGAAAUAUUUUUUUAAAAACUUACCAUUGGUUAAAAUGUAAUAUGUGAUAUAUUAUAUAUUAACAAUGUUUGUUUUUUUUAAAUGUCUACUAGUUAUAAUCAAAAUUUAAACAUUCUUUAUUUUAUUCACUUGAUUAUCACGCAAAAUUUUAUUCACCUGGCUAUAUUUAGUUUCGAACAUUUAAGACAUAGUUAAAUUUUUUAACAAGGCAUUUAUGUCAAUUAUAUAU